AUUUGGCGGUGGGCGUGCUGCUAGUUAGCUUAACGUUGCGCAAGACAUAAUCAACUUCUCAUCUCCAAAUCAUUGAGUUCCAUAUAAGCAUCAGCAUCAGUAUCAGCAUCAGCAUCAGUAUCAGUAAAAAUAUCAACCAAUAUCAUUAUAGCAUCAGUAUCAUUAAUAUCGAAACGCAACUAAUCAAUAUUUAACUAAUCCCGUAUAAUGUCAUAGUAUAAUCGACGCGCUUAUAUUUAUUCAAAUAAUCCUACAAUAUUGACGUGUAGAUCGUAUUAACUAAAGAAGUUUAGCAACGACCAAGUAAGAAAAGUACUUCAUAUGCAUAGAAGAAGCGAAUUCGAAAAUCGAUAAGAAGCUAACAAACUUAAACUUAGCCAAGUAGGCAGCAGCGUGUCAAAGCAUAGCCAAAGUAAAUUAGGUGCCAUCUAUUGUUUUGUUCAAUUGAUUCUCUUCUUUGAUAGCCAACUCUCAAAGUGUAAGCCAAAUAAUACGUAUACAACGUGUGCGCCGCAAAACAAUUUCUUCCAAGCAGUCCGACUUGGACAUCAUAUUCGGUGAAAAUAAGUCAUCGUCUUCGAUAACGGCCUCGUCCUCAGGCAACGGAAAAUAUACCCGAGCCGGUGGCUCAAUCUCCGAUGCGGACAUGAUCUUUGGGGGUCCACCCUCGAAUUACAAGAGCGAUCGCUUUGGGGCUGCCAAGAGCAUGAGCAUGAGCUCAAGCGGCGUUGGUGCCUCAUCCAACUCCUAUAAGAUAUACGAGGGCAUACAGAAUGCAGCAUUUAGCGACUACAGCGACUCAGGUAGCAUUGCGAGCACCAACUCCGGCAGCAAACGAUGGAACAGCAAGCCCGACGAUGAUGAUGAAUUGAUUUGAAAUAAGUUCAAUUUGACACCCACACACACACACACACACACUCAUAGAAAUAAUCAUUCUACACUCGAACUAUGGAAAAUCUGUCUUGUUUCUGCCUCCGAAGUUUCCUGGUUUCAUAAGAAUCCAAAUCAUACCAUACACUCACAUGCACCAAAACGCAUACACAGGAAAGUAUGCACACAUACAUACACAUGCAUUCGAACUUCACCGCAUCUGUAUCAAGUUCUUCAUUGAGUUACUAUUAUUUUCACUUUCAAUGCUGAUAUACAAUAUUUCUUGUUAUUAAUCAAUAUUACAUAUAAGUAUGAAUAUGCAGUUACUUAUCAUUUGCUAUACAAUGAAUACAAGAAAAACUUACAACAUACUAAAAAUAUAUUGAAAUGAAAACUCUACACUACAUAAAUGAUGUAUAAGUAUAACCACCAAAGCAAAAACAAUAACAAUGAUAAUAAUGACGAAAACAUAUAUGAAUCCCUCAAGAAUGCGGGACUUCGAUGAUGAUUUGACUGGUUUUGCAGCACGAUAAUGAGAGGAUAUUAGAGAUACUUGAAAAACGUUUUCAAACCUUUUCUAUUUGAAGCGAACAAUAC